AUGAUAGGUAGAUUAGCUCAUAUUGGAAUAGAUUUAGUAUUAAUAUCAGGAGUAUUAGCAGGAAUAAAAAGAUCAAGUGGUAUAACACCAAAUUUAGAUUUAAUUGAAAAUAAAGAUGUUAGAAAUUAUGCUGGAAAAUAUUUAAAUUUUGGUGAAUUAUUCUUGGAUUCUACUGGUGCUUUUUUGGGAUCAAGUCAAUUUUUUACAAGAAAAUGA